AUGCAUGAUGGCAAGAAACAAGCUUUACAUUUUGUUGAUUGUCCACAUUUGAAUACAUCUGGUACAGAUGUCAGUAUCCAUACCCCUGGCUCAUGGAAGACGGUACCAUUUGGAAGAAAGAAGCGUGCUGAGAAGCUGUCAAGCAAGAGCAUGACCUUACCAAGGAUCAGCAAGCUGACUCCAAUCAAAACCCGAACAGGCAUUCGAGAUCGAAAGGGCUUCGCGCGUCGUUGGAAACAGUUGUACAAGAGCAACAGUUGGGAGAUGCGUGCGUAUACUCAUCAUCAUGGACAUCGGAGCAGUAUCGGUGCUGGUGCUACUGCCGAGUUCCCAGACCUUGAAUGUAUUCCAGGUAUUGGCAAUUUGGAAGGCUUAGGGCAACAUGCGGCUGAUAUUGAUGGCACCUCAGACUCAAGACAACAAGUUGUUGGGCCAACGGCGAAAGCAAGAGCAGAAGGAACUCAGAGCGCUGCAACGUCAGUCAACCAAAAUUGGAUCCACACUUAUUCUGAUUGUGUGGGAAGUAUCUCUGCACUGAAGAGUGACUCAGAUCUUCCAGAUUCCACUCGGAAGGAUGCUCAAGACACACAUUUUUAUAGCACGAAAAACCGUGCACGAUUCACGAAUACAGACCUGCGGGACAGCACGGUCAAUUUCGCAGCUGAGCUGAGCAGAAAACACGAAGAAGCCAGGGAGGGUCUUCUCGCACAGGUUAGCAAAAUGCAGAAUUGA